GGUGCUGCUUCGUCUGUAAAGCUUACUUUUGUACCUGACUCGACGAUGUACAACUCCGCAUAGUUGACCUAUCGAACUUCGGCUAAAAAAUUAAAAACAAAAAAAAUUACGCGUCGUCGCAGGAUAUAGUACAAUAAAUAGUUCAAAUUCAGAGGGAAAUUAAUAAACAGGAUGAAGCGUUUAAGUAUCUGUUGAUGUUUUGUGCGAACAGUGUCGAUUCAGAGUCGAGCGCGCGAUACUGUGCUCAGUGAAGGAAACCAAGUGGACCAAUAAUUUUUUUUCCGGUGAAAUAAAUUAUUGGUAAUUACUUUUUGAAAGUUUACCGAAAUGGGUUGUGCUAUGUCUGCUGAGGAAAGAGCGGCUCUGGCGAGGAGCAAGCAGAUCGAGAAAAACCUGAAAGAAGAUGGGAUUCAAGCUGCCAAAGACAUCAAACUCUUACUACUCGGUGCCGGAGAAUCCGGAAAGUCGACGAUUGUAAAACAAAUGAAAAUUAUUCAUGAAAGCGGAUUCACGCCUGAGGAUUUCAAGCAAUAUCGGCCUGUAGUGUACAGCAACACAAUCCAAUCUCUAGUCGCAAUUCUUCGAGCAAUGCCAAAUUUAGGAAUCUCUUUUACGAACAACGAAAGGGAGGCCGAUGCUAAAAUGGUAUUCGACGUUAUUCAACGAAUGGAGGACACUGAAGCGUUUUCCGAAGAGCUCCUCGCGGCAAUGAAGCGGCUGUGGCAAGAUGCAGGGGUACUGGAAUGCUUCGGACGUUCCAACGAAUACCAGCUCAACGAUUCUGCCAAAUACUUUUUGGAUGACUUGGACCGUUUAGGUGCACGAGACUAUCAACCGACAGAACAGGAUAUUUUGCGGACAAGAGUCAAAACCACUGGAAUAGUGGAGGUUCAUUUCUCUUUUAAAAAUCUUAAUUUCAAAUUGUUUGAUGUGGGUGGACAGAGAUCUGAAAGGAAAAAAUGGAUUCACUGUUUUGAGGAUGUAACUGCCAUCAUUUUCUGUGUCGCCAUGUCGGAAUACGAUCAAGUUCUCCAUGAAGAUGAGACAACAAACCGUAUGCAAGAAUCGCUGAAACUUUUUGACUCAAUCUGCAACAAUAAGUGGUUUACGGACACGUCAAUAAUUCUUUUCUUGAAUAAAAAGGAUUUGUUUGAGGAGAAAAUCAAAAAAUCACCACUCACAAUUUGUUUUCCAGAAUAUGCUGGUGCUCAAGAGUAUGGAGAAGCGGCCGCUUACAUCCAAGCGCAGUUCGAGGCGAAGAACAAAUCCACUACAAAAGAAAUCUACUGCCAUAUGACUUGCGCUACCGAUACCAAUAAUAUUCAGUUUGUAUUCGAUGCUGUAACUGAUGUGAUUAUCGCUAACAACUUACGUGGAUGUGGUCUUUACUAAAUUUAAAAAAAAAAAAAAAUCAGUUGAAUUCUAUGGUUUGGCUGGUUGGAAUGAACAGUUAGUUAGUAGGUGUUGAUUCGUUUGUGUCUAUACAAAUCAUUAAUUUAACUCAACUAUUAUUUUUAAAAAAAAAUUGACAUUGAAUCAUGUACUAUAAAUAUUUUUUUAUUUCCUCUAAUAACGAUUCAUUUACACUGAAUGAAGCGUUUAUUUGUUCUACAAUAAAACCUUUUUAAAAAUGUACACAUUUCACAUUUAAAAAUAAUAUCAACUGAGCUAACUAACUGCGCAACCAAAGUGGUUACAAUAUGUGAUGUAAUUAUUAAGAUAAUUCUGUAUUUAAAUAUUUAAAAAAAAUAGUCAUAGAUUUAACUAAUUUCAUUUUUAGUUGGAAAUUGUGUGUUAUAUAUGCUUAUAAUGAUAAAUAAUUGAACAUAACUUGUGUUCCUUUCUAAGUAUAAAUUUUUACCUUUUAACUUAGGCAAUAAAUGAAGACCAAAUUUUUUAAACCCAUUGUUAAUUAGCACAACUUGCAUUAUUUGGAUAUUUCACACAAAAAAAAGAAGAAAAAAAGAAAAAUGAAAAAAAGCAUUUAUUAUGAUUAAAAUUUAAGAUUUCUAGUUUUUUUAUAAAUGUGUAAUUUAAAGCGAAAUUGAGUGUAAUUUUUGAGGAAAUUGUACAUUUUUGAACAAAAUAUUCACAUUGUGAUCAUUGAGUUUUCGCUUUGUUCGGAUAUUAGAGAGUUCUGUGUAGUUAAUAUUUUCCAGCCGAUCGAAUUAUUCCGCUAGCCUGUUUUUCUUUAUUUUUUUUGUUUUUGUUUUUUUAAUCGAUAUCCACAUUAUUGUCGUCAAACUAUGGAAUUUUACCCACAUUUAAUUGAAACAUCACCAAGUAAAAAUCAAGUAUCAGUGUAUAUUUUUUUCCUGUUUAUCUAUCUGAAUUAUUUUAUUUGUCAUUUUUUUCCUUAAAUGUAAAUCUAACCAAUUGGUCAGGCUAGUUUAAACCAAAUAUAGAUAUGGGAUAAUAAACGGGUUUUAUUUUCCCACUUGACUACAAAUAUUGGAAAAGAUAGCAGUUAUAUUUUGAAACGUUAAUUUUUUAACACUAUCAUAAUUUAGUAAGUGUUUUAUAUAUUAAAAAACUAUUGCAUUAAAUGUCCAAAUUAACCACCCUAACAAAUUGGGAUAUUUUUAUCAGGAUUAUAUUUUAUUUUGAUUCUUAGUAUCAUUCUUUAAAAACUCAAAACAAAAUUCAUUUAAACAUGUAUUAGAAUUGUAGUUACGUUCUAAAUAAAAUACAAAAGUAAACUAUUCUAUCAGUAUAACAUAAAAAAAUGAAUAAAAUGUGUGUCUUAAAAGCAAAUCUAUAAAAAAAAAAGUUAUCGUAUAAACAAUUGUCGGUUGCUUGUAGAAAAACGUCGAUUUUUUUUUUUAAUUGUUUAAAGAUAAUUGAUUAUUGAAUUUUAUAAUUAUUCCAGUAGUCUUAAAAUUUAUUUUAAAAAAUGAGAUUAAGCCAAGUAAUCACUUGAAUUCAUUGUUCAAUGAAUCAAAUCGAAUUAUUUAAAAAUUUUUGUCAAAAUGGUUGUAAUAAAGUAAAUGCCCCUUGAUAUAUUUAUAAAUAAUAAUUAUAGAAUUACAUCCUUCCUGUGAUUCGAUUUUUUUUUAAAUAUCCAUUUACAUAAACAGCACAAAAUUAUAUCAGCACAACUGUUCUAUUGUAAUAAGUUUUAUUCAAAGUUAUUUUUUCGCUUUAUUAAGUCCACCGAAAUAAUGUGAAAAAAAACCCCUUAAAUGUGCUAUGAAACCAUCAGGCCUGUUUAGUACAGAAUUCCCAUUCUAUAAUCACCAAAAUAUUGUUUUAUACAUCACGGUUAUUGUAUACAUUUUACUGGAUAAAUAAUCAAUUGUGAAUAUAUUACGUUUCUAUUAAUCUGCUUUGGAAAAAUUAAGACAAAAGCUUAAGCUAAGUUUUAUAAACUAAUUGUUGUAAUAACUACUAUAAUCACAUUCUAAAUUAACUGCAUAGUCAUAAAGAAUCAAUCUUAUAGAUAUAUUCUAGUCUCAUUUCUGGUGAAUUUUCUUUUUGUAAUAUAAAGUAAUUUAAUUGUUGAUUUUUAGCUUCUAUGUAUGUGGAAGAAUGAAAAAAUAUAAAUAUAUAAAUAAAUCUAAUUAUAAAUAAUAAUUACCUGUAAAUGUUAGCCUAUUGGAUAUGCAUCCGAAAAUUAUAAUAAAAAUGUAAAGGUAAUAAAAGUAACCCACCCUUACGAGAAAAAAAAGUUUUUAUGUUUUUGGUAUUUGCAUACCAAAUGUACUAAGUAUACACAAAGAUAUACUUUGGUAAUUAGUUGGUUUCUCUAAGGUGAAAGUUUCUUCAUUCGAGUAUAUGCUUCUUUUUGCUUAGCAAUAUUGAAGUGUGUACAAUUUUAUUUUUUCUGUUGCUGUUUGUUUUCUUUUCAUCUAAGUCAAUAUUUAUGUCAAUAUGUAUUACUUUUAUUGUAACUUAUAAUUGUCUCAAUAAAAAAAGAUGAAUUCAUUAA